ACCGUCCUUUCAUUCGACGCGUCGACGCUGUAUCGUUUGCUAAUCACGGCCACCUCCCAUCGUCGCGCCCACUAUCCUCACGUCGCUGCGCGUCCACGCCACCUGACCACCCGCCUUCGCCAUGGCUGCGAAGAGAAAGGCCGCCGCGAUGGCGCCAGGUGACGAGGAGCCCAUAGAUCCUGCCGACGAGCUGCUCUUCUACUGCCUGGGCGGUGGCAACGAGGUUGGCCGGUCCAGCCAUAUCAUACAAUACAAGGGAAAGACGGUCAUGCUUGAUGCUGGAAUGCAUCCGGCCUACGAUGGCCUGGCCGCCUUGCCCUUUUACGACGAGUUCGACCUGAGCCAAGUUGACGUCCUUCUAAUCAGCCAUUUCCACAUCGACCACGCAGCGUCGUUACCAUAUGUCCUAGCUAAGACGAAUUUCAAAGGCCGCGUCUUCAUGACGCACCCCACCAAAGCCAUCUACAAAUGGCUUAUCCAGGACAGCGUCCGUGUGGGCAACAUUUCCUCGUCCUCAGAAUCCCGCAUCCAGCUCUACAACGAAGCCGAUCACCUCUCGACAUUUCCUCAAAUCGAGGCCAUCGACUACUACACCACCCAUACUAUCUCUUCCAUCCGCAUCACGCCAUAUCCUGCGGGCCACGUCCUCGGCGCCGCCAUGUUCCUCAUUGAGAUUGCCGGUCUCAAGAUCCUCUUUACCGGUGACUACUCGAGAGAGGAAGACAGGCAUUUGAUCUCCGCUGAAGUACCAAAGAACGUCAAGGUCGACGUGCUAAUCACCGAAUCGACGUUCGGUAUCGCAUCGCAUAUCCCACGCCUGGAGCGCGAAGCCGCACUGAUGAAAGCUAUCACAUCGAUCUUAAACCGUGGCGGACGCGCGCUGCUUCCUGUAUUCGCUUUGGGUCGAGCCCAAGAGCUGCUGCUCAUCUUGGACGAGUACUGGAGCAAGCACCCAGAGUACCAGAAAAUGCCGAUCUACUACGCCUCCAACAUUGCGAGAAAAUGUAUGGUUGUUUACCAGACUUAUGUCUACGCCAUGAACGACAAUAUCAAGAGAUUGUUCAGGGAACGUAUGGAAGAGGCAGAGGCUAGCGGUGAUGCAAACAAGGCCGGCCCAUGGGACUUUAAAUUCGUAAGGAGUCUGAAAUCGCUCGAGCGAUUCGACGAUGUCGGCGGUUGCGUCAUGCUGGCUUCGCCAGGUAUGAUGCAGAAUGGUGUGAGUCGAGAAUUGUUGGAGAGAUGGGCGCCAGAUCAAAGGAACGGCGUGAUCAUGACCGGUUAUUCGGUAGAGGGGACUAUGGGCAAAAUGAUCAUGCACGAGCCGGAUCAGAUCCAAGCGGUCAUGACAAGGGGAAAUGCCGCGAGACGUGGGCCCGGUGGCAAGGACGAGCAAGUCAUGAUCCCUCGCAGGUGUAGUGUGCAAGAAUUCAGUUUUGCUGCACACGUCGAUGGUACUGAGAAUAGGGAGUUCAUCGAGGAAGUGGCCGCGCCCGUGGUGAUCCUAGUCCAUGGUGAGAAGCAUAACAUGAUGCGUCUCAAGUCGAAGCUCCUGUCUCUGAACGCCGAUAAAACCAAGCCCGUCAAAGUCUUCUCGCCCGCCAAUUGCGAAGAGCUCCGCAUCCCCUUUAAGGCAGACAAAAUUGCCAAGGUCGUGGGCAAGCUCGCGCAGAUCCCGCCUCCAAUGCCGCAGCGCAUCAAGGGGGAAGAGCAGGAAGAAGGUGAUGAAACCAACGGCAACGGGAAGCCCGAGGACCAGCAUGCCCAGCUCAUCAGCGGCGUUCUGGUACAGAAUGACUUUAAGAUGAGCUUGAUGGCCCCUGAAGACCUACGCGAGUACGCCGGCCUCACGACUACGACUAUUGCCUGCCGGCAGCACCUGACGCUAAGCGCGGCGGGUGUGGCGCUGAUCCGGUGGGCGCUCGAGGGCACGUUUGGCGCGCUGCGUACACUACCGUCAGACAUGAACGGCAAGGAGGAGGAGUCGAACGGCGUGCAUAAGAGCGAGAGCGGCGAGGAGGAGGCUGAUGAGGAGAUUGACCGCCAGACGACAAGCUUCGUCGUCAUGGAUUGUGUCACGGUUCACUGCCGCAGCGGCGGCCGCGUCGAAGUCGAAUGGGAAGGCAACAUGAUUAACGACGGCAUUGCCGACGCCGUACUCGCCGUCCUGUUCACUGUCGAGAGUAGCCCCGCAGCCGUGAAGCAAUCUUCAUCCAAGCACACACACAAUCACGGACCUUCCGCCCCCGCAAAACCCAACCCCCACGCAGCGGUCGACCCGCAAACACGCUUCUCGCGCCUCUGCAUGUUCCUGGAAGCACAGUUCGGGUCCAACAUCACGCCGAUCGCGCGGCCCAAGCUUCCGUCCACUGACUCCGCGGCCAACGCCACCACCACCGCUAGCAAGGACAACACGCCCACGCCGCCGACCGUCUCGGUUGCUGGGCUGCCGUCUGAUGCGGACGCGGAGGAACUUUCACCCGCGGAUCAAGCGGAGCUCAAACGCCUGCAUGCGCUGGGCAUUCCGGUGCCGGGCAUUGAGAUCCGGUUUGAUAAGCAUGUUGCACGUGUGUGGCUGGAGGGUUUGGAUGUUGAGUGCGCGAAUGGCGUUUUGAGGGAUCGGGUGCGCGCGGUGGUGGACCGGGCGGUGGAAGUUGUGGCGCCGAUUUGGAGGGAAUAGGAGGCUAGGAGAUGAAGAGAGUAAGGGAGAGGACAGAGAAAAAAUGCAGAGAAGUAGGGGGAUGGACUGAGUACUGGAAAAUGUUGUGGACAGAACUCGCACGCUCUUGGGGAAAAGCGGUAAACGGGAGACGGCAGAUGGCAGAUGACAGACAGACAAACAGACAGAUACAAACGGAAGUAUUGCAGAACCUGGUAUGUAGGCAGGCGGUGGCGGCCAUCUAGGGCAUGACGAAACUGCAGCGCCGCAUUCUUUCUCUCUCCUCGCCUUCUCGCACUCGCACUCGCACUCUUCCUCUUCUAUCCACCAUGCGAUGGAUCGGCUGCUCUCUAUGCGCUACACGAAGACGACGGAACCAAAAAGACUGCCAACAAGAUAGGUAGCUAAUUAGCAGCAAUCAAAGUUGCGAGAUGAGAA